AUGGCGCAAGUUCCUGUUCAGACGAUCCACAGGGAUCCUCAGCUAUUUUACUGGAUUCUAAUCCCCAUCACAGUAGUAAUGAUCCUCACAGGAGUCCUCCGUCAUUACGCAACAGUUCUCAUGGCCACAACGUCCAAGAAACAAGACCUCCCCGCCAUCCGCGAACAACGAGCCCUCCUCCGGGGCAUCAACCUCCGUAUGAACGCGAACGUCAUAUCUGCGCCUUCUUUCCAAGCACGCAAAGACUACAUGGUGUCUAACUACGAAGCUGGAACUUUCUUGAAGGAGCCAGAAAAGAAGGGGCAGGCUGCUCCUAAUCCGAUGACGGAUCCGGCGGCUAUGGAGGGCAUGAUGGGGAUGAUGAAGGGGAAUAUGGCGAUGAUGGUACCCCAAACGUUGAUCAUGGGGUGGAUUAAUGCGUUUUUCAGUGGAUUCGUAAUUAUUCGAUUACCGUUUCCUUUGACUAUUAAGUUCAAGAGUAUGUUGCAGGCAGGAGUGGGAACCAAAGACAUGGAUCCUCAAUGGAUGUCUUCCAUUUCGUGGUAUGUGCUGUGUAUCUUCGGAUUGCAGUCAGUGUUCAAUUAUCUUCUCGGAAGCGAUAAUGCUGCAAGCCAGAUGGCACAACAGAUGGGUCAAAUGGGCCCAGGUGCCGGAGCUUCAAUGUUUGGACCUGGUGUCGAUCCGUUCAAGCAGUUUCAAGCUGAGUCCGAGAAUUUAGCAGUCUUGGCUCAUCAGUAUACUUUGGAAGGUGUUGAGGACAGACUUUUGCAGACUGUGAAGGUGUAG